AUGUUGACCCGCCUGGCCUACGAGAGAAGUGGAGGGAUGGAGGGACGGAAGCCGGAAGCUGGAAAGACUCUGGGACAACCUCAGAAAAACUGUGGGCUGAGGAAGGCGGGAAAUAAGAAAAGGGGAAAGAUGAGACUACCGCUCCAAUCAUCACGUCUGCAUUCUAGUCAUCAGGAAGAAGAGAAGGUCAAAGUAGAAAGCAUGGAGUAUUCACGCCAGAAGUCUUCUAAGGAAGCACAGACCGCGCGCCGAGAGCAGUCGCGGGAAGCUGCUCUAAGUCCCGGCUUGGGAGCAGAAGCUUGGCUCCGCUCUGGGAGAGAGGCGCGGAGUGCGGAGGUGAGCAACCCGCCGAACGCGCAGUUUCUAGUCCAGCCGGUUGUUCACACCCGGGGACUCUCUGGUGGAGCGGAUCCCAGCAAAUGGGCGCACGAGAAAAGAAAGCAGAGAAAUGGACUGCUAUUUGCGUCGUCUCAAACAAGAGCUGAAAAAGCGGGAGCGACAGACGCCGGGAGCAGGACGGGCUGUGCCCUGGAGCUCGCGCUGCUCUGGGGCUUCUUCGAGCGCGCGGGGCUGACCCGGCGUCGGGAGGAGGGUAUGUCCAUGAAAGAGGUGGGUGAUGGCUUGCAGGAUCAGAUGAACAGCAUGAUGGGGGCGCUGCAGGAACUGAAACUUCUCCAGGUGCAGACAGCAUUGGAACAGCUGGAGAUCUCUGAAAGGGGUCCUGCCCCCGGCUGCUCUGAAAGCCCCUGGACACAGCCUGAGCCUCCUCGAUGGGAGGGUAGCAGGGGCCCCACCAGGCCUUUGGCUGGCUUCCCCUCCAACCAAACUACUCUUGACAGCACCACCAAGUUUCCACACCAUAAGAAUAUCUGUGGGAGGGAGGUGGCCCCCCUGCCCAGGAUACAGUUGCCAGAGUACCAAAGCUGUGCCCAGCAGGGGCCAGAGCAUGUGGAACCAGAUGACUGGACCUCCACAUUGAUGUCCCGGGGCCGGAACCGACAGCCUCUGGUAUUAGGGGACAAUGUCUUUGCAGACCUGGUGGGCAAUUGGCUGGACUUACCAGAACUGGAGAAGGGUGGGGAGAAGGGAGAGACUGAGGAGGCUAGUGAGCCCAAAGGGGGGAGAGGCCAGCUCCGGGAGCUGGGCCGCAGGUUUGCCCUAACAGCAAACAUCUUUAGGAAGUUCUUGCGUAGUGUGCGGCCUGACCGGGAUCGGUUGCUGAAGGAGAAGCCCGGCUGGGUGACACCCAUGGCCUCUGAGCUCCGAGCUGGACGCUCCCAGAAGGUCAAGAAAAGGAGUCAUUCCAAGAGCUCUGGACAUAUCUCCUUCCCUGGCAUCAGGGAACCCAAGCGAGGGGAAAAUCUCUCCACAAGUUGCCCCAAGGCCCUGGAACCAUCACCCUCUGGCUUUGAUAUUAACACAGCUGUUUGGGUCUGA